CACGUCGAACCAAUGGGCGACACAAUCGAGGAAAUCAAUCACAACAGCAAUGUCGACACUGCGCUAUUUCAAGGAGACAUGAUCCUCACAAAAGAACAAACCGAGGAGGCCAUUGAAGACAUCAAAGAGAGCGAAGGCAGCCGCAGAAAACGUCAAGCAUUCCGUGAUGAAAACUACCCUAAAACGUUGUGGCCCAAAGGAGUGUAUUAUUCUUUUUAUUCGAAUGCAUGUCCGGUAUUCAGAAAAGCUACUGUCCAAUGGUCUUUAGACACCUGCAUUAACUUCAAAGAAAGCAACACAGCUGCUGAUAGAAUCACUGUUAUUGCUGGUACGGGAUGCUACUCAUUUGUUGGGAGAACUGGAGGUGUUCAAAUUCUCUCACUAGGAAGGGGAUGCGAAAUGGUUGGAAUAGCAGCACACGAAAUCGGACAUGCUUUGGGUUUCUUCCACACGCAGGCGAGACACGAUCGUGACCAGUUCAUCACUCUUUAUAAGCAAAACUUUUUGCCCGGCUGGUUGUCUCAAUUCACAAAGCAGACGAGACACACCAAUUACAACUACAACCUGACUUACGACUAUGGAAGUAUUAUGCACUACGGAGCAACAGUUGUUUCAAAGAACGGUCGACCUGUUAUGGUUUCACGUGAUUUGAAAUAUAUGCAAACACUUGGAUCGCCGAUGAUUUCAUUCUACGAAAAACUCAUGAUGAAUCUGCACUAUAAAUGUCUUGAUAAAUGCGCCACAAAAUCCUCAGCCAUAUGCCGAAACGGAGGGUUCCCUCAUCCGAGAGACUGUUCUAAAUGCAUCUGUCCUAGCGGGUAUGGCGGAAGGCUUUGCGGAAGAAGACCAAUUGGCUGCGGUAAAACACUAACUGCAUCGAACACCUUCCAGACGCUUAAGGAUACAGUAGAUGUAGCUACAAUAAGUGAUGAGUUCACUAUGUGCAAUUACUGGAUUAAGGUAGUGCUCGAUCGCUAUGCGAAAGGUGUGGCUAUCGAUGGCUGCAUAUAUGCAGGAGUUGAAAUCAAAACAGGGAAAGAUAAGCGCCACACCGGCUACAGAUUCUGCGCAUCGGAAAAUGUUGGAACAUCUCUAGUAUCUACGCACAAUAUCGUGCCUGUGAUUACUUACAGCCGUGUUCCUGGAGCCACAACCGUCUUACGUUAUCGAAUCGGUAACCAGUCGUUGCACUUUAUGAAUUGUUUUUUCAACUUCUGCAACUCUUCCAACUACAAUGAGAGAUUAAAAAAAGUGCUCUGCCCGAAAUCAUGCGGAUUCUGUUAA